AUGACGGUGUGUCCAAAACCACUGGAAACUCACCUGAGGGAGCGAGUCGACUAUGAUUUGAAGGAGCUGGCGCUGCCGGUAGCCAUCCAAGAGGGAUGUAUGUUCUGUGGAUUUCCUCAUCCGUCUGAAGAGUGCAGAAAGGUGAGGGACCUCACACCAGCCGAGAGACGAGAGCGCCUGAUGCGCCGGGGUGGAUGUUUCUGGUGUCUGAAGCCGGCCUCCCACCGGGCAGCGAACUGCCGCCAGGGUAAGCCGCGCUGUUCGGUCUGUAGCGGCAGACAUCACCCGCUGCUGUGUGACCCGUCGCCUGCCGGGACAGCCGCAACCGGCAGCAGAUCAGAUGACAGCGUGCCAUCCCGCCAGUCUGUCACGGUGAUAGCCGCGAGCUGCGAAGCCAGCGAGCACCACAAUGUGGUCCUCAUGCAGACGGCAAGGGUGGAGGCAUCAGGUCUGAACGGCACGCGCCGCGUGCGCGUCAUGUGUGACUCAGGGAGCAACACGACCUUCAUCCGUUCCGACACCGCGCAGAAGCUGGGUUGA